UUGACCAGUAUCUAGGCAGCUUGUACUAGGGUCCUGGAAAAACAUACCAGUUCUGGCUUCCACGACUUCCAUCGGUUGCUGUGCCUAACUCACUUGGAAAAAACAGAACUGGAUGUUCUUUAUGAUUGAAGGUCCUUAAAGAAGGGUGAAAGUGGAACUAAUGAAUACCUUUAUUCUGGAGUUUCAUAUCUGCUCUCCCAUGACGAGAUGUAUUGUGUAUUGGUCUUGAUCCUCUUACACUGUUGCAAACUGAAAGCUCAAGACAAUGUGGUCACCUUAAAUGAACCUGUACUCAGCGCCAGUCCAUCUAAAGAAGUACAGAAUGGCGAGUUAGUAACUCUCAACUGUUCAGUGGAAACAGUCAAAAGUGGCAAUUUUGUGCCGAAUUAUACAUUUAAAAUUUCCAGAUAUGAUGAUCUUCUGGUCAGUAUCACAUCAGAGCAAGAAUGGGUGUUGCAUAGAAUCUACCCAGCCAGAUUUUCUCAUUCUGGAGAAUAUUACUGUGAGGUUAAUGUUAACGGGAAAACAAAGACCAGCAAUGUUUUACUUCUUCGAGUAAAAGGAAUAAUGAAGCCAAAACUGACUGUUCAGAAAACACAAGUGACGGAAGGAGAAAAUGUAUUGUUACGUUGUGAAGUAACAGGAGAAAAUCCUCCUUUUUAUUUCACAUUUUAUAAAAUCCGACAUUCUCCAAGUAAUUCCUCAGUGAGUAAGACUAAGCUUGAAAAAACGGAAAACUUUGCAGAGGUGGAAUUUCCAGUCAAUGAGGGAGACACCCUUUUGUUUUUUGAAUGUGUUGUGAAGAUAUCUUUAGCAGUGGUGUCUGAGACAUCAGAACCCAGUAACAGAGAAGUCAUUGGUGUUGCUGAGCCAUUUUCUGUUCCCAAUAUAACCGUCUAUCCACCGAAUGUUGUAGAAGGAGACAAUAUUUUGAUAAAAUGUACUACUAUCCUAAGUCGUAGGCAUGAAAUUGAAAUGAUCCUCCAGAAGGACAAAAACAUCCUUAACAAUUCGAGGGGUGGAGAGUCUGUGACAUACUCUGCAGUAGCUACAAUGGAGAACAGUGGCAAUUAUACUUGCAAAGUGGAACUUGGGAGAGUGUCCAAAACUGUCACAGUGAAUGUUGUAGUGGCAGAGCUGUUUUCCAAACCAAUACUACAUACUUCUAAAAAAGACCUGGAUGAAGGUGGCACGAUAGAAAUGUCAUGUCUACUUAAUAGCUCAUUGCUGUUAAAUGUCUCACUCAUGAAGGAUAAUACAUUCUUGAUGGCCUCUACUUCUUAUGCCUUUACGGCCUACAUAGCUAACAGUGGAGUCUACGAUUGUAGGGCGGAGACUAAAGGAAUCAUCAAAAAGAGUGACCCUGUACGGAUACGUGUUUACUCUCCAGUUUCGAAGCCACGCUUCCUCUUUACUGAAGGAGCAGUGUUGGGACGUCCCUUUGUUUUACGCUGCUAUUCUGAGAAUGGAACUCUGCCUAUAACAUAUACGCUCUACAGAGGAAACAUAACCAUUGGCCAAACUGAGGUAGAAAACGAUGUACUAGCAGAGUUUAAAGAUAAUGCGACUACGGAGCACCGUCAAGGAGAAUACAAAUGUGAAGCUAAAAACGGCCAUUCUAAGAAAUUCCAGAGCAAUGGGCUCAACAUCACAGUGAUAACGCCAGUUUAUAAAAUAAGCUUGAGAAACCUUUUACAUGGAGACUUGGAAGAUGGCCAAGACCUUUUCCUGAUUUGCUCUGUUACCUCGGGAUCUUUUUUUAUUGAGUUCAACUUUUUUAAAGAAAAUGAAGCACAUUCUUUGCAUAAGGUAACAGAAAAUAAAAACUACGCUACUACUUGGCACAAACCGGGACUUACAAGCCAAGAUGCAGGGAAGUACUUCUGUACAGCUGACAAUUCUGCAAAAUCACGGUUACAGAGCAACCGAAUCAUCAUCAAGAUCAUUCUGGCUUCGUGGAAGAAAUGGCUCAUUGCAUUAUUUGUUGUGGUAAUCCUCCUUGGCAUGGGUGGUACUUUCUGGUGGUACUUCAGAAAGAAGGGAAAAGCUAAAGGCACUUCUAUGGAGUUGGAUGGCUCCAUGCCACCAAACAAUUCAAUGGGUGAAAAGCUGACACUGGGAACGAAUAAUGAUGGAGAAUUGUAUUAUGGACCAGGCUAUAAAGAAGAAGGUGAAAACCAUGUGAAAUCAAAAGAAGACAAUAAAGGACCUGACCUUGAGAACACUGAAGUGGAGUAUACUGAAGUAGAAGUGGCGGUUCCUGACCCCUACAGAGCUCCUGUAACAAAGAGGAACGAGACAGUUUAUACGGAAAUCAGGAAAUCUUUGAAUGAUGCUGGGGAAAAUAGAAAUUCUAGAAUAGAAGGUUCUCCUGAUGGGACUUAGAGAAGUAAACAAGAAACAUCGGCGAAAACAAGAUGGAGGCUGCUCUACCAGUCCCAAACAUUCAGCGGCACUUAGACGCUUUCAGAAGUCACGUUUUGCUUGAGCUGUUGGUAACCCCUGUGGGGUGAACGUGACAUCUACACAGUAUUACUGCUGUCCUGCCACUUCCACUAGUUAAAUAGUGACAUUCAGCUCAGCCUCCACUUAUAUGUUCUACAUUUUAUUCAGUGUCAUUCUAAUCAGUGAAUAUAUGUACAUGUGAUGAAUAUUUGCCACCUUUCCUGUUUUAAUUUUCCAAGCAAUUAUGGAUGAACCUGUCAAAAAUGAGGCCAUGUCUGGUCGCUUUUCUACAGUCUCAGUGAAAAGCAUUCUGGUCUAAGCAAUUGAUUUGUGGCCAGAAAUGUUGUUGGAAGCAAAACAACUGAGUUAUUACUGUCAGAUUGACAGGACUACUUCACACAUGAUCUUGUUCCACAUAAGAAAAAAAAAUAAUAACAUGUGAAAUGGCAUUAAUGUGGUCUAGAAUUUGUUGUCAUGUUUUGCACCAUCUAUGGUGGAUGGCUACUUGGUGAGAGAUGUAAAAAUAUUCAAAUACUUGCCCAUCUUCUGGCUCCUGUGUUCAUUUUUUUAAAGUAUACAAUAAUGAUAUCCUUGAAGAUAUUCCUUUUGAAAGACAGAAACUUUAAAAAUACUAGUUAAUUCUUCCAGCUAAUGGAGUUAUGUCCUUGUUCUUAUUCUGCGGAUUUGGGAAUGUCACACUGAAGCAAAAACAACCCCCUCAUUCUUAGCUGUUUUUUACUAUAAAACUUGGAGUAGCUUUGCAAAGAUUAUGACUUUUACAAAAUGCAAUUUCAGUGCAGUCAUGAGCAUUAAUUGUUCUUUGUCAAACAACUCCUUGCAUCUGAGAUGUUUCACAGAUAGUUGAACCUGGUUGUCUCCUGAAGCAAAACAGAGAUCAUUGAUACACGACAUCCCUGGCUGCAAACAGCGGGUUUAUAAGAUCCCGGAUUCAUAUUUGCAUAUGAUCUGCAGUUUUCUGCCUUUCCUCCAUUUCAUACAGAUAUCGAACUGAAUCUUUGAGCUGAAUUUUGCAGAGCAAAAAUCAGUCCAGAUUGUGAGGACAAUGAAUAGCCUAGAUAUGGUCAUCCCAGUAUGUACUGAAAUAUUUUAAUCCAGUUUUGUCUCUUUUUUAUGGAUGUCAUUAAAAAGGCCAAGAAGAAGGGGAAAUGAUACAGCAUAUAAAAUAUAGCAUGUAAUCUGCAGUAACGGAUUCAGUAGUUUCAUUAUGGUCAUGAAUCAAGAAGUAUGAAUGCUAUUGAUAUAUUUAGCCCUCAAAUCAUCAGGGUGUAUAAAAACAAUGAAAAAUUAACACACACAAAAUAUAGUUUAACUCCAAUAUACCUCACACUCAAAUGCAUUUAUAAACAAAACCAAUCUCACAUGAAGUAUCGCCUCUGCUUAUAGAACAACAUAUCAAACCAGAAGGACCGAUAGUCAUUUUGAAGCAAGGUUUGUUGUGACUCACACCACAAGAGUAAGCUGUUCCAGUUCACCCUAAUUAAAUAUUUAGUUUUUUAAUUUAUUUACUCCCUUUCCAUGAUUGCUGUAUUUUGUCUGUAAAAAGUUAAUGUUUUAAAACUAAAAGCUGGCAGGCUCUGUGCGACGCAUCUCUCUUGGCAAAUGUACAUAAGAAAACUCUUAAGUAUGCACCCCUAACCAAAUACUAUUACACUGAAUUUGAUGCAGUAUUUUAUUAAAGAAAUCAUCAGAAAAUAACUUGCAUCAGAAUUAUCUUUUUUUGUACAAAUAAAAUACCACAUGUGUGAAACUCUUUAUUAAGCACUGGUUCACACAGAAGGCUAUGUUGGAAGCCUGGGAACCAUGUCUAGUUGACAUAUUUGGUCCUAGACUGGGGAUGCAUGUGAUGGGAGCAAUCAUUCUGAAAUUAAGUAUGGCCUGGCCAGUACCUGGAAUGAAGAACUCUUAGAUUUUCAGCAGUGCAAUCCUAGACACCCUUCUAAGCCCAUUGACUGCAAUGGAUUUAUUUACUUAAU